AUGAAAGAGCUGGAGCUGACGUCCCAGAUCAAGUCUGCCGAGCCGACGGUCACAGAGGCGGACGUCCAGCGCAUCGUCUCCUCAUGGACAGGCGUCCCCGUGGAGAAGGUCUCAGCGGACGAGUCGGCCUGGCUGACUAAGAUGGAGGAGACCCUGCACCGGCGCGUCAUCGGCCAGGACGAGGCCGUCAAGGCCGUGAGCCGCGCCUUCCGCCGCUCGCGUGCCGGCCUUGGGGACCCCAGCCGGCCGAUCGCCAGCUUCGUAUUCGCCGGUCCGACGGGCGUCGGCAAGACGAAGCUCGUCAAGGAGCUCGCGGCCUGCUACUACGGCUCGGAGGAGGCCAUGGUCCGGCUCGACAUGAGCGAGUUCAGCGAGCAGCACGCGGUCGCGAAGCUGGUCGGAGCGUCCCCAGGCUAUGUCGGGUACGAGGAGGGCGGACAGCUGACCGAGGCGGUGCGCCGGAGGCCGUACACGGUGGUGCUGUUUGAUGAGAUAGAGAAGGCGCACAAGGACGUGUACAACUUAUUGCUGCAGGUGUUGGAGGACGGCAGGCUGACGGAUGGCAAGGGGAGGACGGUGGACUUCAGGAACACGAUCAUCGUCAUGACGUCCAAUGUCGGCAGCAGCCUCUUGGACGGCGACGAGCAGAUCACGAGCUUGAUGGUCCAGAAGGACAUGAAGGAGAAGCAUGGCUUCCCGCUCGAGUUCCUGAACCGGCUGGACGAGGUGAUCGUCUUCCGGCAGCUCACCAAGCCCGAAAUGAAGGAAAUUGCCUCCAUCAUGCUGGAGGAGAUCGUCCGCCGGAUGAGGGAGAAGGGGAUCGAGCUGCGGAUAACUGAGAGAUUCAAGGAGCUCGUUGUCGAGGAAGGCUACGACCGCAGAAAUGGCGCGCGGCCGCUAGGGAGGGCCAUCGGCAGGCUGUUGCAGGAUAAGCUCGUGGACAUGAUGCUCGCUGGGGAGGCCAAAGAAGGGGAUUCGUUGACUGUAGAUACUGACCCGGAAGGGAACGUGGUCGUCCACACCCGACGGGCUGGCUGA